AUGGGUCGCAUGCACAAUCCCGGCAAGGGUAUCUCACAGUCGGCGUUGCCAUACCGUCGAUCGGUACCAACUUGGCUUAAGCUUACAAGUGAGGAAGUUCAGGAGCAAAUUACACGUCUUGCUAAAAAGGGUUUACGUCCCUCACAGAUUGGUGUAAUACUGCGUGAUUCACAUGGCGUUGCCCAGGUUCGACGUGUUACCGGUAACAAGAUUGUACGCAUUUUGAAAUCUAAAGGUAUGGCGCCUGAAAUCCCGGAAGAUUUGUAUCACCUUAUAAAAAAAGCAGUUAAUAUUCGCAAGCACUUAGAGAGAAAUCGCAAGGACAAAGACUCAAAGUAUAGACUGAUUCUUGUCGAAUCACGUAUCCAUCGCUUGGCUCGAUAUUACAAAACGAAACGCCAAUUGCCAGCCACGUGGAAAUACGAAUCAUCAACGGCGUCAGCACUUGUUUCAUAA